GCCUCCUACACAUUGUUGUUUGUGUUGUUCUUGUAGUGGUGGGCUCGUCCGAGCAGCUGUUUGCAUAGGAAGAAGCGAAAGUUUUUGUCGAGUUCUUUAAUAAAUAUUAUAAAUAAUUAUAAUUUGAAUUAGUAAAAAUGGUUUUCCAACUGCUGCAGCGCUCCAGCUUACGCGGUUUGCCACAAUUGGCCAAGCCAUGGGCAACAACCGCCAAUGCAAUUGGCCUACGCCAGGCUUCUUCAUCUCAGGAAUUCCGCGUGGAGAGCGAUACCUUUGGUGAACUGAAGGUGCCCGCUGAUAAGUAUUAUGGCGCCCAGACUAUGCGAUCUCAGAUCAACUUUCCAAUUGGCGGUCCUACAGAACGCAUGCCCAAACCUGUUGUUCAGGCCAUGGGCAUAUUGAAAAAGGCCGCUGCCGAGGUAAAUAAGGAAUUCGGUCUUGAUACCAAAGUCAGUGAGGCCAUAUCAAAGGCUGCCGAUGACGUCAUAUCGGGCAAGCUGUAUGAUGAUCAUUUUCCCUUGGUCAUCUGGCAAACCGGCUCGGGCACUCAGAGUAACAUGAAUGUGAAUGAGGUUAUUAGCAAUCGCGCCAUUGAACUGCUGGGUGGCAAAUUGGGCUCAAAGACUCCGGUUCAUCCCAAUGAUCAUGUGAAUAAGUCGCAGAGCUCCAAUGACACCUUCCCAACGGCCAUACACAUUUCCGUCGCCCUGGAGCUGAAUAAUAAUUUGAAACCCGCCAUUAAAACACUGCAUGACGCUUUGGCCGCCAAAUCGGCUGAGUUUAAGGACAUCAUUAAGAUUGGCCGUACUCACACCAUGGACGCUGUUCCACUGACAUUGGGUCAGGAGUUUAGUGGUUAUGCACAACAGUUAGCCUAUGCCCUGGAACGUAUCGAUGCCUGCUUGCCGCGAGUCUAUGAGUUGGCUUUGGGUGGUACUGCUGUGGGAACGGGCCUCAAUACACGUAAAGGUUUUGCCGAGAAGUGUGCCGCCAAGAUUGCCGAGCUGACCAAGCUACCAUUUGUGACAGCACCAAACAAGUUCGAGGCUCUGGCUGCACGUGAUGCCAUGGUUGAAGUGCACGGAGUACUUAAUACCAUUGCUGUUAGCCUGAUGAAAAUCGGCAAUGACAUACGGUUUUUGGGCUCUGGCCCACGUUGUGGUUUGGGUGAACUCUCACUGCCAGAAAAUGAGCCAGGAAGCUCUAUUAUGCCCGGCAAAGUGAAUCCAACCCAAUGCGAAUCGUUGACCAUGUUGUCUGCCCAAGUAAUGGGUAACCAGGUUGCUGUCACCAUUGGAGGAUCCAAUGGUCAUUUCGAAUUGAAUGUCUUUAAACCUUUGAUUGUUUCCAAUGUCCUCAGAUCCAUUCGAUUGCUGUCCGAUGGCAGUCGCACUUUCACCGCCAACUGUGUCAAUGGCAUUCAAGCCAAUCGCGAUAAUAUUGCUAAGAUCAUGAACGAAUCCUUGAUGUUGGUCACUGCCCUGAAUCCACACAUUGGCUAUGAUAAAGCAGCGAAAAUUGCCAAGACAGCACAUAAAAACGGCACUACCCUCAAGCAGGAAGCCAUAAACUUGGGCUAUCUAACCGAACAGCAAUUCAAUGACUGGGUCAAACCCGAAGAGAUGCUGGGACCCAAGUAAAGGAGGCAAUCCAAUCAAUCAAUCGCCCAGCAUAGUUGUUAAGCGAAGAAAGUCAAACUUCAUUACCUAAAUUGUCAGAAUAAAAUUUGUCUACAUUCGAAACGAAA